AUGGCAGCGUCAACAAACAGGCUGCGAUGCCUCUACGCAUCGCAGGCUCUGAAAACUCCUCAGCCAUCAUGGAUGAUGCUGACUCGUCACUACGCUACGGCUUCCCCAGACCCCUCCGCAACCUCUUCUCCGACCUCCGACUCUUCGCCGUCCAAGACUCCCGCACGAAGACGGACGACGACCUUCCGAGACAAGCUGAAUGCAGGCCCCUCCUUUGCCGACUUUCUCAACAGCAGCCGUGACAAUGCGCCCCUCGACCCUUCGGAGGCAUACGCUCUCAAGACCGUCAUGGUCGGACCCGCCGGUCGCAAGAAAGAGAUGACUCGGUUGCCGCCAUGGCUGAAGACGCCCAUUCCCGACUCAGAGAACUACAAGCGCAUCAAGAAGGAUCUACGGGGUCUGAACCUGCACACCGUCUGCGAGGAGGCCCGGUGUCCCAAUAUCUCCGAUUGCUGGGGCGGAAGCUCCAAGUCGGCGGCGACAGCGACCAUCAUGUUGAUGGGCGACACCUGCACCCGUGGAUGUCGUUUUUGCAGUGUGAAGACUUCGCGGAACCCGGGCCCGCUGGACCCUCACGAGCCGGAGAAUACUGCAGAGGCCCUGUCCCGAUGGGGUCUGGGUUAUGUCGUCCUGACCAGUGUCGAUCGUGAUGAUCUACCCGAUGGAGGUGCGAGACACUUUGCGGAAACUGUCAUCAAGAUCAAGCAGAAGUCUCCCAGCACCCUAGUUGAGUGCCUGACGGGUGACUUCGGUGGCGAUCUGGAUAUGGUUUCGCUUGUCGCCCGCUCUGGCUUGGAUGUCUACGCCCACAAUGUCGAGACCGUGGAGGCUCUGACACCGCAAGUUCGGGACCAUCGGGCCAGCUUCCAACAGUCCCUCCGCGUUCUGGAGGCUGCCAAGCGUGCAAAGCCAUCGCUCAUCACCAAGACCUCGAUGAUGUUGGGAUUGGGAGAGACGGAAGCCCAGAUCUGGGACGCCCUCCGUCAAAUCCGGGCCUCCGAUGUGGACGUAGUGACGUUCGGACAGUACAUGCGUCCAACGAAGCGGCACAUGCCGGUCCACGAGUACGUCACGCCGGAUAAGUUCGAGCUCUGGCGUCAGCGGGCACUCGACAUGGGCUUUUUGUACUGCGCAUCGGGCCCCCUCGUGCGCAGCAGCUACAAGGCCGGCGAGGCCUUUAUCGAGAAUGUGCUGAAGAAGAGACGUGCCGGUACUGGAAAGGCAGAAGAAACGGUAUCGGCGGAGAAUGUUGUUGCCGAUGAAGCUACGAGAUGA